AUGGCCAGGCGCCUGACCAAUCGCAUCUGGGCAGUGAGGGGAGUUGGGCAGGUGAGCUGCUGGCCAUCCUCGGGGACUGCCUCCUGGAGGGGCUGGCCGGCAUGCAGGGCCCGCUGGCUCACUGCCUUGGGGUUCUUUGUGUUUCAGGUGGCAGAGCCUGAGGCCUGCGAUGAGAUGUACGAGAGCUUAGCACGACUCCAUUCAAACUAUUACAAACACAAGUACCCUCGCCCGCGGGACACGAGCUUCAGUGGCCUGACCCUGGAAGAGUACAAGCUGAUCCUCGCCACAGACACCCUGGGGGAGCUGAAGGACAUGAAUAAAGGCUUGUGGAAGAAACUGCAGGAGAAGUUCUCCGCCCGGAGUCCCGAGGAGAAGCAGAAGGCCUGGGCUCAGUCCUUAUCUCGCCCGCGGACCUGAGUGGAGUCUGUGUAUUGCCGUCAUAAAUAAAGCUCCCUGACCCCCGC